AUGGCGCUGGAGAAAGGCCCUCUCCUGCUGCUGGCCCUCGGCCUGGGCCUGGGAGCCCCCCUCACGUCCCUGACGAGCCUCCUCACCCAUGGUCUGCUCCUGCUGCCACCACAGACGCCCCCUCCCCUCGCCAUCGCGCGUCCGCUGUGUGGUAGACAGAGCCCCCCUCAAUUCAUCGCCUCCUCUGGCUCUGUGUCGCCCCCGCACGGCGUGUCUGCUGACUCCGCGUCUACUAGGAUGUGGGUCUCACGGCUUCAGCAGCUGCGGCUUGGUGUGAUGUGUAUCCUCUGCCUCGGAACACUGGUCCUCGCCCUGGGGCGUCCCCUGGGUCUGACGAGUGACGCUGAGAGGGUGGCAGGAGCCCGUGCUUACUUCCGCCAGCACGAAGUCACAUCCCACCGUCCUCGCGUCUGGACUGGCGUGGAGCCGCCAGCCGCUCCGCGGGUCGCCCGGAGAGACCCAGGUUUGCGUGCGCUGGCUACAGCUGCGGGUGAUGCAGCGCCUCCACUGCGGGUCGUGGGCCAGGGUGGGAGAAGGGCCGCUAUGCCAGCGGCGAGUGGUCGUACGGUGGCACCCACACUGGCAGGCCGUCUAUGGGUGCUCUGCUUCACUGACGCAGCCCUGCGCCUCUCCUGGACGCUCGCUUGGCUGCCAGCUUCACACGCAGGAGAGAGGAAGCCGCCGAGUGUUAUCAUGGCUGCUGGUUCCCGCUGUGCGGCGAGGAACGAGCCCGUUCCUGCCUCGGUUGGAGGACCCGGCUCCAGCGUGACUAACCCUCCAGAGCUGCUGCAGGGCCCCGUGUUCCAGCCUGAGUCUGGUGGACUGGACCAUGACCUUACCUUCUGUGCAUCAAAGUCUGGCUGUACCGGCACUUCUUCCAGAGCCUUCUGGGCACCCCCAGGCCCAGCCGAGGGCCAGCAGCAGGAGGAGGGCUUUCUCCAGCGCAUGACUCCGGGGAAGGGAGAGUGGUGGGGUGCCACACGACUGGGCACUAGCCGGCCUCUCCCACCCUGGCCCGCACCCCUGCAGGUGGAGGGGCGCUGGCUCACCCUGCAGCUGUCAGCCAGCCACGCAAACCUGGUCUCUCCGGCCGACCCUCUGAGGCUUGCUCUCCACUCCAUCCAGACCAGGGACGGUGGGGAUGUGGACUUCGUGCUGUUCUGGAAGGGAGAAGGGGUGUGUAAAGAAGCAAACAUCACCGUCCAUCCAACCCAGUUGCAAGGCCAGUACCAAGGCUCCUUUGAGGGCGGCAGCAUGCACAUACGCUUCGUCAGCACCGACUACAGCAACCUCGUUCUUUACGUGCGCUUUGAGGAUGACGAGAUCACCAGCCUGUGGGUGCUGCUGGCCAGAAGAAUGCAGGAGGACCCCAAAUGGGUGGGAAGAUACUUGGAGUACGUGGAGAAAUUCCACCUACAGAAAGCCCCAGUCUUCAACAUAGAUGGAGUCCAGCGGGGCCGCCAGGUAAACAAGGACAGCUCUACCUGUGUGGCAGACAGGUAUGGCCAGAGGCUGCCCCGAAAACGCCUUCAGUGA